UAUACCGCGAAGCCACCCAAAUCUACAACGGAGCUCAAAUCGCGUACCGCAAAUCUAUGCGUUUGCCAACUAUUCCGGCAUUCAGACAUUUCUUGAUUUUGUCAAAUCAAUUUCUAUAUAUGUUACUCUUUUCCUGAUUUGUUCGGAAUUCGCAUUUCGAAGGGUUGAGUUUUCAAAGAUUCUUGCUUUUCUUCGUAGAAGCCAUGGAUGCCAUCUUCAACAAGCUCCGUAAUUUGGAUGCUUACCCUAAAAUCAAUGAAGAUUUCUACAGGCGGACCUUUUCUGGUGGCUUAAUCACCAUCGCUUCCUCCUUUAUCAUGCUCUUCCUCUUCUUCUCCGAGCUAAGACUGUACCUCCAUGCUAAAACCGAGACAAAACUCGUCGUAGAUACAUCAAGGGGUGGAAAUUUACACAUAAAUUUUGAUUUGAGUUUUCCUGUGAUUCCAUGUUCCAUACUCGGUCUUGAUGCCAUAGAUAUCAGUGGAGAGCAACAUCUUGAUAUAAAGCAUAAUAUAAUCAAGAAAAGAAUUGACCAUCAUGGAAAGGUUAUAGAAGCUAGACCAGAUGGCAUUGGUGCACCUAAGAUUGAGAAACCGUUGCAGAGGCAUGGUGGCAGGCUGGAGCACAAUGAAACGUACUGUGGUUCAUGUUUUGGAGCAGAAACGUCUGAUGAUGAUUGUUGUAAUUCAUGUGAAGAAGUUCGUGAAGCAUACAGGAAGAAAGGUUGGGCUAUUACAAAUCAAGAUUUGAUAGACCAGUGCCAGCGAGAAGAUUUUAUACAGAAGGUAAAGGAUGAAGAAGGUGAAGGAUGUAAUAUUGAAGGGUCUAUUGAAGUUAAUAAAGUAGCUGGAAGUUUCCACUUUGUCCCUGGAAAAAGCUUUCACCAGUCAAGCUUCAAUUUUCUUGGUCUGCUUGCUUUGCAAACAAGUGAUUACAAUGUAAGUCACCGAAUAAAUAAAUUAACUUUUGGUGACCACUAUGAUGGCUUGGUAAAUCCUCUUGAUGGGGUGCAUUGGGAAUAUGACAAACAGAAUGUCAUGCACCAGUACUUCGUCAAGGUGGUACCAACUAUAUAUACAAACAUCAGAGGUCGUACUGUUCAUUCAAAUCAGUACUCUGUAACGGAGCAUUUUAAGAGUGUGGAGUUCGGAAGUUCUCAAUCUAUUCCUGGAGUUUUCUUCUACUAUGACAUUUCUCCUGUUAAGGUGACCUACACAGAGGAGCAUGUUCCAUUUUUACACUUCAUGACUCACAUUUGUGCCAUAAUUGGAGGUAUAUUCAGUGUUGCGGGAAUUGUAGAUGCAUUCAUAUACCACGGUCAAAGAAAAAUGAAGAAGAAGGUUGAAAUCGGAAAAUUUGGUUAAUGCCUCAGCUCUCUCUUUCACGCUAGACCAGUUUUGAUCAAGCUGAUGCAGUUUCAUUUGGGAAUCAAAAUACAAUUCUGUCAUCAUUUAGGUGUUGCUUUUGAAACGUAUUUAUAUUCUAGGGAAUUAAGUUCAUCUCCAAACAGGGUUAAGAUCAAGUUCUCUUUCACACCAACCCCCACAAAAGAGAGAAGAAAAAAGAAAAGAAAAGGGGGGAAAGCAAGUUUAGUGUAAGAUAGAAGAAAUUCCUGUUGUACCCAUUUCUCAUUCUGACAAUUUGUAGAGUACUAUGUAACUUGGGUUUACAUUAAGAUUGUGAUCGAGAAUUUGAGAUUCAUUAUCAUUUCAAUCUAA